CCCAAAUCGUCUGUUUUGAAGGUAAUUGACUUCUAUAACAAUUGCAAUAACUUUUUUUUCUGGUUUUUGAGCCUGCGAUUUCUUCAACAAAAUACAUUGAUGUUUUCCAAUUUUCGUCUAAGACGUAUUAUUUUUUUGAUUUUAGGAGCUUUUUUAUGUAUCCCAAGUGCUGCGAAGCUCAGCUUCAACUCUGUGUUAGGAAAGGUGAAGCCAAUGUCUAGGUGUAAAAUUGUUGGUUUGUGAGUCAUAAUACAUCACAGCUGGCUUUGACUGAAAAUUAUUUUCCUUGAGUUGCCUGCAGAAUUCCCAGAGUAAGUCUUGGAUUAGGAAAAGCCGGAGUUUUUUCUAGCAGAAAUUGGCCAAUAUUUGGUGGAGUUGGAAGUCGGGUUGGACGAACAAGAACUGAUGCAGAUUCGGCUCACAGAAUCGUCUACUCGAACCACUUCAUCUUCUUUAUCCUCAGCAUCAUCAUCUCAAAGUGGCCUUAACACGUCUCCUUUUCAAAUGGAGAAGCGUUUAUUGCUAUUCAAAAUACCGCCUCUUCAAAGCCCACUUGGAAAUAGUCUCAAAUUGGACGCCAUUUGGAAAUGCUCAAUUUGGGCAUCUAUGUUUACAGGAUCAUGUAGGAAAAGGAGGCGAGCUUCUACUCGUGAAAAAGAGAGAUCGCGUUCACAAUUAAAGUCCACGCAAAAAAUUGCCUCAAAUACUUGGAGACAUCCUUGUAAUGCGUUGGGUUCCUCCGCGUUCUACCCCAAGUUACUGAUGCACCUUUUGCUACUAAUCUCCUCGCUAAUUACAACAAACGCAAUGCACAUCAACGAUCAGAGCAACUUACUAAAGAGAGAAUCACCAUCCAGAACUGUCAACAUGGACACUGCAGCGAGACACAGACGUUCUUCAGGAUCCUUCUAUGAACAGAUGCCUCGGAGUGGGGGUAAUCAAGGGGGUGGCAUUGGUGGUCGGCCCAGUGGGAGAACAGACUCAGACUGUUCAAUGGGAUACUGUUCCGACUGGAUUCAAAACAGCUAUGCAUUCAACAGAGAGGUGCUGGAAAGAUGUGUCAUCUUCAACAACGGACUAAUUUGUCUGCAGAAUGUUGACGCCAGUUGCUACAAGGACUUGAACUACCAUGUAUCAAAUCGGUACCUGCAGAAUCAAUUCGAUGAUCUAAACUGCAAAGAGGUAAUAAAGAACCACACGAAUGAGCUGCCGAUGAUCUCACAGCCGACUCAAAGACGGGUCCCGAGCAAUUUCUGCUACAUGGAGGACCCGGGAGUGUCUCUGCAGUCGCAACCUGUCUUCUGCAGUCUGUUCGGAGACCCCCACAUUGUCACUUAUGGGGGACGAAAGCAGACUUGUGCUGCAAUUGGGGCUUGGCCUCUGGUCGACAAUGUCUAUUUCACUAUACAAGCCUCAUAUGUGCCCAUAGGGGACAGUAACGAUAGAUUCGGAAGACGAGGAUCAGACCAGCAUCCAAAUCCGACCGAGUGGUCGCCCAGUUAUUCAUCCGGAUCUCGAAUAUCUAGAAGUACAGAUGUGACGCAAGUAUUUGAAAGUCAUAUUCGCAAUGCAAGAGACACUAUUGGAUCACAUGAACGAAAGAACGAUCAGUCCAAUGCUUUAAGUUCCGCGUCGGCUAUCAAUAGAGUGCUGGUUGUGUUUCGAUCUAAACUGAACUGCGUGGCCAAAGAGAAGAUCUAUGACACGACUGAGAGCAUGUUGCCCUCUUCGUUCAACGACGGAACUUACGAGGGCGGCCAUAGCGACAACCUAUACGUGCUGCAGAAGGAGGCCAACGGCGCUCACGUAGAACUACAGGCCAAGUACAUUAACACCACAAUUGUAAUCAGAAGAAUAGGAUCCUAUCUCUCAAUAUCAGUCAAAUCUCCAGUAGACGUGGCCAAAGCCUUGCCCUCCUACGGCCAUACAUCGCGCGAUUUCCACAUGGAACAUUGCAGUGCCGCAUGUCCAGAUAUGGAGACUCUGGCUGAAUUUCCGGCCACACCGCCCCCUCAACAUCCGAGUAAAGCUCGGGUAUCAUACGAGACUGCGAGGAAGCGUUGCAGCCACUUGGCUGGAUUCUUUCUGGACUCUUGCAUCUUCGACGUCAUGACAACUGGCGACUGGAAGACGUUCGUAGAAAUAGACCAGAAGUCGAGUGAGGACGAAUCGAGACUGAAUAUUAGAAGUGACGUCGGUGUCGAGAGAUUGUUCCCCCAACCUUCCAACAGUAAAAAACUGUCGUCUGCAUUGUCAAUAUGCACCGCUAAUGCUUUCAAAACUGGCCUCUCAGUCUUCUUAAUUUUUGUUUUUUACUUAAAUUUUUCAUCUUUAAUGAUCUAAUAGUAAUACUAUUCUCUUCUCAUUUGCAUUGCUUUUCCUCAUUUUUGUCCAAAUUGGAGUAAAUGUUUAAGUUCUA